AUGAACGUACUCAUUUAUUCUGACGAGGGCACAUCAGUGGAAAGUACCAAACAGAUAAAAGAAUGUCUUCGUUUUUUACUUUCUCCACAUUACGCAGUGUCUGAAGUAUCUGCAAAACAAAUUAUCAAUGAGCCGUGGGAGCCUUUCACGGCCUUACUGGUGAUUCCUGGCGGUGCUGAUUUGCCCUACUGCAAAGCGUUGAACGGUGCUGGAAACGCCAAGAUUAAGGCGUUUGUCCGUUCUGGAGGACGAUUUCUGGGAUUAUGUGCCGGUGCUUAUUUUGCGUCUUCGUUUUGCGAGUUUGAACCGGGAACCGAGCUUGAGGUCACCGGACCCCGCGAAUUGGCUUUCUUCAAAGGUGCAGCACGAGGCACCGUGUACAAAGGUUUUCAGUAUGGAACAAAUUCUGGGACACAUAUCCCAAUUCUCGAAACCCCAUUAGGGUCGUUCAAAUGCUACUUUAACGGCGGCUGUCUGUUUACUGAAGUUGAUAAGAAUACCGAGAUUCUAGCUACUUACGAGACGCCCGUCGAGUGCAAAGCUGAUUCUGAACACCCACCAGCCGUCAUCCACACCAAAUUUGGCAGAGGUCACUGUGUUUUAUCUGGUGUUCACACUGAAUAUUCUGUCGAGACACUUCAUGCAGAUGAUUUGAAGCUUGAAAUUAUCGAGGAAUUGAAGAAGGAAAACGAGAUACGACUGAGAUUCAUGACCCUAAUGCUGCAAAAGUUGGAGUUGAAUAUAACACUAGACUCCAUUGCUGCCGUACCGCGUAUAACACCUCUUUUACUGACAUCUGCGGACGAGAAUAAAACUCCUUCUUCCGAAACUCUCCUCACGGCAUUGAAAGAUAUCGUACAGGACUCAGGUAUUUUAUCCGAUGCAAAUGAUACCUUCAAAUUCUAUAAUCGUGAUGGUUUCAUUGGCGAUGAUGGUUCGGAAGUAAAAUCGGUUGUUGUGUUUCCUCCAGGCACUUUCCCUUCUCAUCGUGAAACGCCAUAUUUCGAUCAUGCUUUGUACUAUCAAGCCUUAGCUGAAGAGGAAAGCAAAAGACAUUGUCCUGGAGCACUCGGUAGGACCAUGCUCUACGCUGAAGUUGUAACCUCGACGUCAACUAUGAUUGACCGUAACCCUAAGCUUUUGGCGAGGCUCCCCCAUGGUACUAUUGUCCUAGGAACAGUUCAGACUGCUGGUCGCGGGCGUGGCAAUAAUACUUGGGUAAAUCCUCCUGGUUGUAUCGCAGUGUCCGGCGUUAUGCGAGUUCCGUCCAAUGAGGUCCGCCAGCCCAUGGUGUUCUUUCAGUAUAUGGUUUCCUUAGCGGUUGUCGAAGCUAUUAAUUCUUUUGGCAAGGAUUAUGAAGCUUUGGAUGUUCGUCUAAAAUGGCCAAACGAUAUUUAUAUUGCUAAAGACGGAAGUUACACCAAAAUUGGUGGAGUGCUUGCUUCCUGCAGUGUCAUGAAUGGCGAUUUUAUUCUUGCGUUCGGAUCUGGCACUAAUGUUGACAAUCCUAGCCCCACUACUUCGGUGAACUCCUCGAUCGAUGCGUACAAUGCCCGUACCGGUAAAAAUGUUCCCCACAUGCCUCAUGAAGACUUCUUAGCCCGAAUGCUUUCGCGCCUCAAUGAGAUGUUUGUCAUUUUCCUUGCGCAAGGCUUUGCACCAAUUGAAAAUCGUUAUUACAACGCGUGGCUUCAUUCCAACAAAGUCGUAACACUCGAAAACUAUAACAACGUCAAAGUCAAAAUUUUGGGCCUCACUCACAAGUACGGCAUGCUGAACGCCCAAGAACUAGAUUCUAAUGGCUAUCCAACUGGCCAAUUCUAUGAGCUCCAGCCGGAUGGUAACUCAUUUGACAUGCUUAGAGGCCUUAUACGUAACAAGACGUGA